GCGCCUUAUCAAACCAUCCGCUUGUAGCCUGUCGAAGAUGAAGCAGGGGCUUCUGCUAUGGAAUCCUGGCUUCCACUCUCUUUCAACGCCCUCUCUCCCUUCUCUCUCUUUCAUAUUUCCUCAAACCAGAAGCUUUAGCUCAUCAAUUUCUGCUUCGCUUGAUUCCACCGAUAUUCAAGAGCUCACGGCUAGAGAGAGAAGACGCCUUAGAAAUGAGAGGAGAGAGAGCAAAACCACUACGAAUUGGAGAGAAGAGGUGGAAGAGAGGCUCAUCAAGAAACCCAAGAAGGAGAAAACUUCUUGGACCGAGAAACUUAACCUCGAUAACCUCGCUAAAUUGGGUCCCCAGUGGUGGGUUAUUCGAGGAUCUCGGGUCAGGGGUCAGGACACUGCCCAACUUCUAGCUCGCUCGCUGGCUAGGAACUUCCCCGAUUUAGAGUUUAAGCUAUAUGCUCCAGCCGUCCAAGUGAAAAGGAGAUUAAAGAAUGGAUCAUACUCAAUUACACCAAGGCCCCUAUUCCCAGGUUGUAUUUUUUUUAGAUGUGUACUGAACAAAGAGCUGCACGACUUUAUAAGAGAGUAUGAUGGUAUUGGAGGAUUUCUUGGUUCUAAGGUUGGAAGCAUAAAGAGGCAGAUUAACAGGCCUAAGCCAGUAUCUGCUGAUGAUAUGGAAGAAAUCUUUAGGCAGGCAAAAGAAGAGCAAGAAAAAGCUGACCAAACAUUUGAGGAAGAAGAGAAAAAUGCAGUCCUGAACUCUGAGGUUCUGAAAGCAGAGUUGGAAUCAGAUGAUGGUUUUAAAUCAGAAGCUGAUUCUAAGCCAAAAAGGAAGUCGAGCAAAACUUCUGACAUGACCAUUGAAAAAUCAUCUACUCUGAAGCCAGGUUCAACUGUUCGAGUUCUUUCUGGAACAUUUGCAGGGUUCACAGGCACUCUUAAGAAGCUGAAUCGCAAAACCAAACUAGCAACCGUGGCUUUUACUCUAUUUGGUAAGGAGAAUAUUGUCGACAUAGAAGCCAGUAAAAUUGCUCGAGAGAUAAGCUGAUCUUUGUAGGCUAUCUGAAAUGGUUGAGAAGGCUAUAAUGAUCAUUACAGAAGGAAAUAACUUGUUCAUAACUUGUGCUUAAUCCCACUCCUUAAGUCAAGUUUGUGAGCUGUCUUCGCCAUGUAUUCUUCAAAAGUGCAAAAGCGCAGCUCCGCAGCUUAUUUUUCAACCUAAAAGUGAUGUAUAUUCUCCUGACAAACACAACUUACAAGAGCCUCCUUGGUCAAAAGAAAUUUCUCUGGUCCAACCCACUUAAAAUUAUUUCACUGAUGUAGUUCUCACAAGAAGGAAUUAGAGAAAAUGCUCAAAGUGAAACUGCUAGUAGAAGCAAAACCUUAUAAGUUGAUGUGCAAGACGAAGCACAGCAAUUCUCUUCACGAGAGCAGUUGAAGGUAGCUGGAUUCUUCUUUUAGCGUGCUUAAACCUCUUGUUAUACUUGAGAACAUCAGUCAUUUUAAGAUGUAUUGAGUUGAAUUUAAUAUUAGUAUUGUAUUCAUGAGCAUAA